AUGCUACGAUUAACAUUUUUCCUUCAGAAGCCUGCAAAGUGUAAACCUCCAGAAGUGAUUGAGGAACAACCUAAAACAACUGUGAAACAGCAGGAUAAAAUCAACUUUGCGAAAACUGAAGAAAAUCCUUCAGAAAGCAUAAAGAAAACUGAAGACGAAGAACAACAGCAGCAAGAAUUAAACAUUCCUGAGAUCAUCUCUGAAGACCCUAUCAAUGAACCUGCACAGACUGAAGAGUCUUUAGAACUUGAAGUGUUUAAGGAAACGCAACCUGGAAGUACUGAGACACAACAGGAAGAAAUCAGCUUUGUGACACCAGCUGAAAAACCUUCAGAAAGCAUAAAGAAAACUGAAGACGAAGAACAACAGCAGCAAGAAUUAAACAUUCCUGAGAUCAUCUCUGAAGACCCUAUCAAUAAACCUGCACAGACCGAAGAGUCUUUAGAACUUGAAGUGUUUAAGGAAACGCAACCUGGAAGAACUGAGACACAACAGGAAGAAAUCAGCUUUGUGACACCAGCUGAAAAACCUUCAGAAAGCAUAAAGAAAACUGAAGACGAAGAACAACAGCAGCAAGAAUUAAACAUUCCUGAGAUCAUCUCUGAAGACCCUAUCAAUAAACCUGCACAGACUGAAGACUCUUUAGAACUUGAAGUGUUUAAGGAAACACAACCUGGAAGUACUGAGACACAACAGGAAGAAACCAGCUUUGUGACACCAGCUGAAAAACCUUCAGAAAGCAUAAAGAAAACUGAAGACGAAGAACAACAGCAGCAAGAAUUAAACAUUCCUGAGAUCAUCUCUGAAGACCCUAUCAAUAAACCUGAACAGACUGAAGAGUCUUUAGAACUUGAAGUGUUUAAGGAAACACAACCUGGAAGAACUGAGACACAACAGGAAGAAAUCAGCUUUGUGACACCAGCUGAAAAACCUUCAGAAAGCAUAAAGAAAACUGAAGAUGAAGAACAACAGCAGCAAGAAUUAAACAUUCCUGAGAUCAUCUCUGAAGACCCUUUCAAUAAACCUGCACAGACUGAAGAGUCUUUAGAACUUGAAGUGUUUAAGGAAACGCAACCUGGAAGUACUGAGACACAACAGGAAGAAAUCAGCUUUGUGACACCAGCUGAAAAACCUUCAGAAAGCAUAAAGAAAACUGAAGACGAAGAACAACAGCAGCAAGAAUUAAACAUUCCUGAGAUCAUCUCUGAAGACCCUAUCAAUGGUUUACUUGCUGAAGAUCCUAAAAUCCCAAGUAUCGGUGAAGCACCUCGAGAGGGAAUUGAAGAUUCUAUUAUACCACCUAACAUCGCAAAUGUUACUGAAGCAGACUUCCGCUUUGGUCCUUUGCUGGGGAAAGGAGGAUUUGCAAAGGUUUAUCUGGCAAAAUUUGAGAGAACGGACCAAGUGGUAGCUGUCAAAACGUUUAAAAAGAGAAAUAUUUUUGGGGAUCUCGAUUGUCUAAUACCAGAAAGGAACAUCUUAAGGUUGGCAAAACAGGCACAUCAACCAUUCGUGAUGAACAUCGUUGCCUCAUUCCAAACACAAAGCCACGCCUGCCUAGCGAUGGAUUUGGCAGCUGCUGGUGAUUUGAAGAAACAGCUGAAGAAAAGAAGAUUUGACGAACCAGCAGUUGUAUUUUAUUCAGCCUGCAUAGUUUCUGGAUUACAGUUUUUGCAUGAUAACAACAUCAUUCAUAGGGAUUUAAAAUUAGAGAACAUCUUGAUGGAUGAAAGCGGCUAUGUAAAAAUAGCAGAUUUUAGUUUUAGCAAACAAGGAGUAGGAUAUGGAGAAGAGGUCCAUACGCAUUGUGGAACAGCAUACUACAUGGCCCCAGAAAUUGUCAGGAAAGAGCGCUAUACAAGAGCAGUGGAUUGGUGGGCUAUAGGCGUCAUUAUCUACCGUAUGCUUCUUCGUGAGUUUCCAUUUGAUGGACUUUCCGCAAAGGGAAUAUCUCGAAGCAUCCUCAAUAAUGAACCGAAAUAUCCAAAGAACUUAUCUCCUACUGCCCGCGACAUAACAGUAAAUUUACUGAAUAAAGACCCUUCAAAACGCCUAGGAUCAACUUUAACAGGUGCUGAGGAUGUAAAGAGGAGUGCAUUUUUUAAGAAUAUGGACUGGACUGCACUCUCUGAGAAAAGAUUAGAACCACCAUACAUACCAAUCAUCAAAAAGAUGAAAGAUAAGAAAUUUAAAAGAAAACCUGGAUUAAAACCUAGUCAAUAUCCAGUGGAUGAUCGCAUCCAGAAGUACUUUAAAGAUUUUGAUUAUUUUCCAGGAACAUCUUAA